UUCCUUUGUCCCUUUUCUCUCUCUAUUUUCUCAGUCACCAUUUUUUUCUAUAUUUUUUUAGCCAUUAAUACAUACCUCUGCUAUUAUUUCUCUUUCAUUAUAGAAGCAAAUAAUAGAAAAAUAAGAACAUUAGCCUUGGUUUUUGAGCCAAUUUAUUUUCUUGAAACUAACAGAGAAGAAUCAAAAAAUCUCCACUUCUUCCUUCUUUCUCAUUGUUUUUGUUGCUACAUUUUUUGUUUUCCUUUUUUUCUCCAUUUUCCAUUUGUUCAAAAAAUAAAAAGAAUCUCGUUGUUGGAGCAAAAUAUAGUGGUGAGUUUGAGCUUAUUGUCUGUCUUCUGACAUUCCAGCUCUUGCCUCCAUUGUUUUGCUUAAACCAAAAGCAAAAAAUUCAAAAAAGAAACAUAUUCUCUCACUUUUUCUGCAAAUUUAAAAUAUUCACAUUUUUCAUCUCUUUGAGUUUCCUCUGUUGUUUCAAGAAUCCCCUGUUUUUAUCAUCUGUUUUCUCAAGAAUCCCCUGUUUUUAUCCUCUGUUUUUUGUGGGCAAAAAAUGGAGAGGAUUUCGGCAACAACAUUGCUUCCUGAUACAUUUUACGGCACAAGAGAUGAUAUAACAGAGCAAUUUGCAAUAAUAUGGGGACAAAUUAAAGCUCCAUUGAUUGUCCCUCUCCUCAGAAUUGCAGUGUUAUUGUGCCUUACAAUGUCUGUUAUGUUGUUCAUUGAAAGAGUUUACAUGUUUAUUGUCAUUUCUCUUGUAAAACUCUUUGGUAGAAAACCAGAGAAACGUUAUAAAUGGGAACCGUUAAAAGAUGAUGUUGAGCUUGGAAAUUCAUCUUAUCCUAUGGUUCUUGUUCAAAUACCUAUGUAUAAUGAAAAAGAGGUUUACCAGCUAUCAAUUGGAGCUGCAUGUGGACUUUCAUGGCCAUCUGAUCGUAUUAUAGUACAAGUUCUUGAUGAUUCAACAGACCCCAUAACCAAGAAUUUGGUGGAAAUAGAAUGCCAAAGAUGGGCAAGUAAAGGGAUAAAUAUAAAGUAUGAAGUGAGAAACAAUAGGAGUGGUUACAAAGCAGGAGCUUUGAAAGAAGGGUUGAAACAUUCCUAUGUUAAGCAAUGUGAUUUUGUUGCUAUAUUUGAUGCUGAUUUUCAACCUGAACCUGAUUUCCUUUGGCGUACAAUUCCAUUUUUAGUUCACAAUCCUGAACUUUCCCUUGUUCAAGCUCGUUGGAAAUAUGUAAAUGCUGAUGAAUGUCUAAUGACAAGAAUGCAAGAAAUGUCUUUGGAUUACCAUUUCACUGUGGAGCAAGAAGUGGGCUCUGCCACCCAUGCUUUUUUCGGAUUUAAUGGGACUGCAGGUGUUUGGAGAAUUGCUGCAAUAGAUGAGGCUGGAGGUUGGAAAGACAGAACAACAGUUGAGGAUAUGGACCUCGCUGUCCGUGCUAGUCUCAAGGGCUGGAAAUUCUUGUACCUUAGUUCUCUCAUGGUAAAAAAUGAAUUACCAAGUACGUUCAAGGCCUAUCGUUAUCAACAACAUCGUUGGUCAUGUGGUCCAGCAAAUCUCUUCAGGAAGAUGUUUAUGGAGAUUGUAAGAAAUAAGAAAGUGUCUUUGUGGAAGAAGGUUCAUGUGAUUUACAGCUUCUUCUUUGUGCGGAAGGUCAUAGCUCAUAUCGUUACUUUCGUAUUCUACGUUGUAGUAUUACCCGCCACUGUAUUAGUGCCUGAAGUUGAAGUUCCGAAAUGGGGAGCUGUUUACAUUCCUGCUAUCAUAACACUACUCAAUGCAGUUGGAACUCCAAGGUCACUCCAUUUGCUGGUAUUUUGGAUCCUUUUUGAGAAUGUUAUGUCACUACAUCGAACAAAGGCCACCUUCAUCGGCUUGUUGGAGGCAGGAAGAGUAAAUGAAUGGAUUGUGACCGAGAAAUUAGGAGACGCUCUCAAGUUAAAAUCAGCUGCCAAAGCAUUUAGAAAACAUCGAAUGAGGCUUGGCGACAGGAUUCAUUUGUUAGAGCUUGCUGCUGGUGCGUACCUCUUCUUCUGUGGAUGUUAUGACAUUGCCUUCGGAAAUAAUCACUAUUUCCUUUACCUCUUCAUUCAAGCAUUCGCUUUCUUCAUAGUGGGAUUUGGUUACGUUGGCACAUUCGUGCCAAACUCUUAGAGGGUGUUCGUGAACUGAUUUUAGGGUAUGAAUCUUGAGCUUUUCGCCCUGUGCUCCACUCCGUAGCACAAAAAGAAGUGGCGUUUUCAGUGGCGUUGCGCCUCUGCAGUUUAAUUCUCCUCCAUUUUCUUGCUUUUGGGUGUUUUUUUUUUCAUUUGUAAAAAGAAGAAAAGUUGGUUAUUCUUUUAGGUUCAAAGCAUAAAAGGAUUUGAGCCGUGGCUCGAAUCUUGUUUGUUUUCUUUGUGUAUAUUCCAGAGAGUGAAGUGCUAUACAGUAGAACAAAACAGUCCUAUUGUUAAAUGCAGCAGCACACAUAGAAGAUAGGUAAAAGAAAGAAACAAGAAAGUAAAAGGGAUAAUGACUAGUGCUAAGAGGCACAAAGUAGUAGCUGAAUCUGUUGCUCUUUUUCUGUUUUUUCUUUCCUUCUCAGAUGUACUUGGUUUCAAUACAGUGUAAAAGUUUCAGAGAUAUGUUUCCAUUUUUCUACCA